GUGUGUGAUACCAUCAUGUUAACAGCAAUGUUAUUGUUGAGCUAAAAAUGUUCAUAUCAGUCGAAUGAAAACCAUCAAGAAAAUGUAAUUUUUUUAUUUAUUUAAAGUUUAAAGACUGAAGUUUGCUCCUGUUGAAGAACACCAGACAAAGAACAAGUUUGAGGAAAAACCUGAGGUGGAACAUUAAAGCUUAUCACCUCCUCAUUAUGCUUAAGUUUAGUGACUGAUUUCUACACCUGAGUGAGUGUUUAAAAACUCUUUAUGAUAUUUCUAUUCAGGAGAAUGAUACUUUUAGGACCGUGCACAUAUGAUUAUCUUUGACCGAUAGUCCUUCACUGUUAACUGAAACAUUUAGAAUUUAACUCCAUAGAUGAGCAUGGUGUUGGUGUUGUCGGAGCACAUCAGGCUCGCUGACUGGCCACACAUGCAGCUCUUUGUCUGGGACGUGGUCCACAGAGCUCCAUUGUUGUGUAGAAUCCAGCUCAAGUCCAUUCAGGAGGCUGAGAGCAUCAUCAGCUGGGACGCGUGGAGUUCCCCCACAGCCGGCUUACUCUGCAUUACUGUGUUGAUGCCCUGGUGUUUACAGCAGGCCGCCAGGUAUUUCAGAUACGGAGACACCAUCGCAACCUUCUCUGUUGAAGUGAGUCUUCUGGUUUGAUCUCAGUGUGUGAUUCACGAGGGGUGUGUGCUGCCCUGUGAUCGCUGUGGAUCAAAGCAGGAUAAGGAAAGGGCGGUGAUCAGAUGUGUUGCCUCAGGAAAGUGUGCAAGUGCCAACUCUGGUUUGGGAGUCUGGCACAUGAUCUCUCUUCUCCGACUCCCUGCCACUGAAAGCAGGCGUGUUGGUGCUACCUGUGCUGGUUUGCCCAUGGAGAAGCCGUCACCUUCAUCCAAAGCAGCGCUGGAGGAGAGAGCCGACCAAGUGGAGGAGAGGGAAGUGCUGAGAGGAGCUGAGGGUGAAGAUGUGGGUCCUCCGACUCAGAGGAAGAGCAGCUCCUCCCGAUCCUCCCGCAAGAGCUUCCGCCUCGACUAUCGGCUGGAGGAGGAUGUGACAAAGUCCUGUCAAGACAAACACGGCCGCUGGACGAACCCCUGGUCCACAUGGCGCUUCCCUUCCUGGCCGCUGUUGCUCAGGUUCAUGUUGUGGGAUAAAGAUCACAGCAGAGUACCAACUAAUAAAGAGGCUCUGGACAGCGAGCUCCCAGUGAUGGAGCCGUACUUUGUCAAGAACCCGGACCUCUCCGACUCCGGUCCAGGUCUGAGAGUCACCUGGCUGGGUCACGCCACGGUCCUGGUCGAGAUGGACGGACUGAACAUCCUGACCGACCCCAUCUUCAGCCAGAGGGCCUCACCUAUCCAGUUUGUGGGGCCCAAAAGGUACCGAGGGCCUCCCUGCACUGUGGAACAGCUGCCCAGGAUCGAUGCUGUGGUCAUCAGCCACUCUCAUUACGACCACCUGGAUGUGGGAUCUGUGGCCAGCCUCAACACACGCUUCGGGGGGGAGCUACGCUGGUUCGUGCCCAUGGGUCUCAUGGACUGGCUGAUGAAGAUGGGCUGUGAGAACGUGAUCGAGUUGGACUGGUGGGACGAGAACUGUGUCCCGGGUCACGACGACGUGACCUUCGUCUGCACGCCGUCUCAGCACUGGAGCAAACGCUCGGCUCUGGAUGAUAACAAGACGUUAUGGGGCAGCUGGUCUAUUUUGGGUCCGGAACAUCGAUUCUUCUUUGCUGGGGACACUGGUUACUGCCCCGCCUUCCAGGAGAUUGGACGACGCUUCGGACCAUUCGACCUCGCUGCCAUCCCCAUCGGAGCGUACAUGCCCAGGGACGUGAUGAAGGGGCAGCACAUAGAUCCAGAAGAGGCUGUUCAGAUUCACCAGGACCUGCAGGCAAAACACUCUGUGGCCAUUCACUGGGGAACUUUUGUACUUACCUACGAGUACUACUUGGAGCCGCCGGUUCGUCUCAGAGCGGCACUGGAGGAGAAAGGACUGCAUCCGAAAUCCUUCUUCACGUUGCAUCAUGGGGAGUCUCGGCUUAUUACGUCCCGGGUAGGAGACGUCUUCGACUGAUCCUCCUCGUUCUCCGGUGAUCCUGGGCUGCGUUACCGACCAUCUGUAAUAAAGACCAGAGAGAUUUUGUAGAUAGACUUAAGUGAUUAAAGUAGGAAAUGCCAAUGUAUUCAGCUCGUCUCUAUAUUGACCCUGUAAUGAACACUUAUUAUUGUUCACCAAUUACAUUACAUUACAGCAUCACUGGUGAACAGUACUACCUAAAGGAGCUGAUACAUAUGGAGAAAAAAAACUGACUGAGUGACAGACAACAGUGUCACAUGUUCAUUGAAAAUAUUGAUUCAGAUUUUUUCAUUGGUUUGCACAAGUUUAGAAAAUGAAUUCAGGUCCCAUUCGAAACAGUUGAAGACUAAGUUUCCACAUGUGGGAUCAGCAUUGACAUCACUGUUCAGUUGUUGUUCAGUCAGCAUGCAGACCGCAAAGUACCACUUUGAAAUACAACAAAGCUGCAGAAACACUGUCAGUGAUUAUCUACAUAGAGGGAGGAAAUUGAAUGUUAAAUAUAGGAAGUGGUUAAGAACGUUUACCCUGACACUCGUGGUCAUUGGAGAACAAUGCUACCUAAAGAAUCUAAUGACAAAAUAAAGGAAAAACUCUUCUGGCAAAGAUUAGCUCCUGUCUUUCUGUAAUUCAAAGAACAUUUUCUGCAGCUUUGUUGUAUCUCAAAGUGGGAACUUGCCUUUUGACAUUAAGUGAGUGUUUGAAAUAUUUUCUGGUUGAUAAAAUAUUUCAGAACAGAGGAGCAACACCUGCUGAAAAGAAACUUGAGCAUCAUUCUUUUUCAGAAUUUUUGCACAUUAACAAAAAAAAUCGGAAUUAAAUAAGUUAAAGUGAACAUUACAGAUUUACUGUAGUAACCAAUGCUCUUAAAUGAAGAUGUGAAAGUGUGUGCACAGGAAACAGUGGAGGUUGAUUGACAAACCUCGUCUCUGAAGCCGAACAGGAACCUGUAGACACGUGUUGCAGUUUCAUGUUCACACACAGCUGGACACGUGAGCUGUUAUAUCAAAGAAAGACACAGACAGAUAUUUAGUGGUUUUUAAAGAGCAGGGUUAGCUGAAGCUUAAUGACAAUGCUGCGAUUGUAUUCAGGCCAAAACAAAACUACACAGACAAGACAAGUAAAGGAAGAAAUCGAAAUCCCUACAGCUGAAGUGUCAGUGUGCACAAGUUGAGCUGGGUUCAACUUGCACUGCAGCUACUGUGUUUUGUUCCUGUGACGAACAUUCACUUUGAAUGUCCUCAAACCACAGCACAAAGACCCACAUCCUCAUGCAUCAUGAUGUUUUCAAUCCAGACAGAAACAAUAGAAUAAUUUAGUGCUGUUGUGAUUUUAUCUUAAAAGACAGAAUGUAAGGAGAGGUAACAGCACAAUUUUGAGGUGAUUUAAUAGCCUGGAUAAAACUGUAUUGUCAGUCUGGGCUAAAUGUGGUUUACAUUGAUUCUGUGUAGCUGAAUUUACCAUUAAAUAAACACUGCAUACCUGCAAA